AUGCAAGAAACAAGGAGUCAAAUAGAUACUGUAAGACGUAUAGCAAACAAUGCACGUACGGGAUUGGAUACUUUACGAGAAGCACAAAAUACACUAAAGGAAGCAAAUGAUAUUCUUGGCUCAGUAUCAGACAUGCAUGAAGAUUGGCUUAAAGGUAUUGACAAAUCUUUAAAAAAUCACAGUCAGUCUAUUGCUGACUACAAGAAAAGUAUAGAUUUUUUACAUAGUGCUAUGGACGUACAUGAUGGAAGCAUAAGGAACUUACUUAAUGCUAACAAUAACUUACCAGGAACUAUUAAAGCAUUUAUAAAGUCCUUUGUAAAACCUGGUGCUCUAACAUUUAGGUCUUUGAGAGCAAGAGCAUUGAAGUCAAGAGAUGCAGAAACUCCAACAGAACCUACAGAAGGAACUGAAACAACAGAAACUCCAGAAGAACCACCAAAACCAACAGCUAAUGAAAUAUUGUUCGAAUAUUUUCCAAGGUACUCUGUUCUCAUUGCAUACAUUCAAGAAAUACUUAAGAAAGCAGACUUGACUUUAGGAGAUGAUGAAAGUUCUGUAUAUCUUUCGUUCCAGUUUCAAAUAGCAGAACUUUUGAGACAGAUAUGCUUAAUGUAUGACAACAUCUCUGAUUUCACAAGAUAUGAUGACGACCAUGACCCCGAACACGGUGAAGAAGAAGUUUUACAAACAUCCAUUAAGACAGGAAAGGUUUUAACUCAAAGUCUCAUUAUUGACACCAAAGAUGGCGAAGUGGACGUUCUUCAAGAGCUGAAGAAAAAUACUUCUGAAGGAGGUGGUGGUAGGCAUGAACUUGAAAUAAAUGAGAUA